GCUCCCCUCAGUGAGUGAGAGUACGGUCGCGCAUGCGCGGCGAGCGGCGCGCGCCGUCGCGCAGGCGCUCUCCAUUGUUUUGACCGAAGAUGCCGUCGGUUUCGAAAACGGCGGCGAGCGCUUCUCCUCAGACCGAGAAACCGACCCACUAUACCUAUUUAAAGGAGUUCAGGACGGAGCAAUGUCCCUUGUUUUUGCAACACAAGUGCACUCAGCAUAGACCCUUCACGUGUUUCCACUGGCAUUUUCUGAACCAGCGGAGAAGACGCCCGAUUCGGAGGAGGGAUGGGACCUUUAACUACAGCCCUGACGUCUAUUGUACAAAGUACGACGAAACUACAGGCACGUGUCCAGAUGGCGACGAGUGUCCCUACCUACACCGAACAACUGGCGAUACAGAGAGGAAAUACCAUCUGCGCUACUACAAGACCGGCACAUGUAUCCAUGAGACGGAUGCUAGGGGGCACUGUGUGAAGAACGGCCUGCACUGCGCCUUUGCUCAUGGUCCGCAUGACCUGCGCCCCCCGGUGUAUGACAUCCGCGACUUUCUUUGGCGACAUGACACUGUCCCCAGUGCUCGCUACCAUGAAGUCGGCUGCUGGUGCCGAGAGAUCCAGGCACAGGAAGCGCUACAGAACGGGCAGCUGGGUACCGGAGAGGGAAUCCCUGACUUGCAACCUGGGGUACUGGCCAGCCAAGCUAUGAUUGAAAAGACGCUAACUGAGGACCCCCGCUGGCAAGACACCAACUUUGUUUUAGCGAACUACAAAACUGAGCAGUGCACCAAGCCCCCUCGCCUGUGCCGACAGGGCUAUGCCUGCCCCCAUUACCACAACAGCCGGGACCGCCGGCGCAAUCCACGCAAGUUCAAGUACAGGUCUACGCCCUGUCCGAAUGUGAAACACGGGGAUGAGUGGGGGGAGCCGUCCAAGUGUGAGAGCGGGGACAGCUGCCCGUGCUGCCACUCCCGCACCGAGCAGCAGUUCCACCCCGAGAUUUACAAAUCCACAAAGUGCAAUGACAUGAGGCAGACUGGUUAUUGUCCCAGGGGGCCAUUCUGUGCUUUUGCACACGUGGAAAGAAUUCCCUCCACUGAAGAGACGAUGACAUCAUUACUCACGGUGAUGCAGACGGGGUCCCAGGCCAAGGGUGACUCCCAGCCGUACUCCGAGGGUCCCAUCAGCGAGUGGGGAACCGCAGUGAACACGGCCACCAGCAGCCAACCAGGCAACAUUUCAUGCUCCAACAGUCCAUCCGUAACGUCAAGCUCAGGCAGCACCAGCUCGCUCUCUCCCAUCGGAGCCAUCAGCAGGCCUAAAUGCUUCACCAAUGGCAGCUUGUGUUCAGAGUCCACCGCAUCAAGCGUGUCGUCGCCAACGUCCAGCUAUCCCAAAGCUCCCGGAUUCGAACGCGAGGAUCAGACGAAAAAUUUGAAAGGUUACCCCAUGGAUAGCAACCUGAAGCUAAUGGAGCAGGACAAAACCCUCUCAGGUGUCUUCUCGGUGGCGAACCCCCUGGCCUCUAGCAUAACAUCCAGCAUUACCUCCAGCCUGGCAUCCAGCGUGGGCUCGGACAGCUCGUCGCCCACCACCCUAUCGACCAUGAACGCCAAGGCGGCCCCCUUCUACCCGGGCAGUAACACCGUGGAAUCGGUCAUAGGUUCUGCCCUUGACCUCAAUUUUAGUGACAUUAAUGUUGCAUCACUUGAUAAGGAAUUAGAGGAACAAGAAAACAAUGGCCUAGGAUUGACAAAUCAGAGGUUGCUCGGCGGCUCAGCACCUGUCAACAUCCCCGGCUCUCUGGCUCGCUCUUCCUCCUUGCACUCUUCCUCCUCGCUCUCCGCCUCCCCGCUCAGCUCACUCUCCCAGUCCCUCUCCCAGUCACUUCUGCCAGGAGUGGCCUCCCAGCAAGGCCAGACACAGGCUCUGUCCAGCGCGGUGGAGCACAGUCUCUUGGGGACCUCCACCUCUUCCCAAAAUUCCCUCGGUCUGAAUGGCGGACAUGGAAGCAUAUGGGAUUUCGUAAGUGGCAGCUUCUCCCCCAGCCCAUCGCCAGUGUUCAGCAGCAUCGCUCCCGCCGCGGUGAACGCAGGCAGUGCCGACCUGCCUCGCCUCUUUAGAGAGCUGGACGAGGCGAAAAGGAAGAUUAAGCAUUGGGAGGAGGCCUGGCAGCAGAUCCGACAGGCCUGUGACGCCUGGCAGAAAGACGCCCAAGAAGCCAAGGAGCAAGCGAAGUCGGCCGAGGCCGAGCGGCAGCUGGCCGUCAAGAAGCAGGAGGACGCCGAGCGCAGGCUCAAGGAGCUACAGGAAGACUUUGAUGCACUGUGCCGCUCUCCAAACGUGCCGCUGCUCCGUGGCUACGGCGAGCUGGACCGCCUCCCACUAGCUAAGCUGCAGUCCCUGCAGAGCCGACUGCGGUCGGACCUAGACGUUGUAGAUGGGGUAAUAUAUCAGCUUCAGUCAAAGAAAUGUAUAGUUUGCCAAAGGCAUGACCGCUGCAUAGUGCUGCAGCCUUGUCAACAUUAUGUACUGUGUGAGAACUGUGCACCUAGCAAAACAGAAUGUCCAUAUUGUAAGGCGAAAAUACUGAAGUGGUGAUGUAGAACUAUUCAAGGUACUGUCUCUGUAUAUAAUCGUUUGAAGAGCUACUAAUGCGCAUAUAUAUAUAUAUAUAUAUAUAUAUAUAUAUAUAUAUAUAUAUAUAUAUAUAUAUAUAUAUAUAAUCAGUUAAAAACAGCAUUUCUGUCCUUUCAGUAUUCAUAAUACGAUUCAGUUGAUAGUUCUAUUAGAAAAUUGUGUUGUUUGACUUAUACUUGGGGUGUAACUAGGAAUAUUUUUCUUGAUUGAUCACUUGGCUGUUUUAAAAGGAAUCCACUUUUUGGUCCAGUGUCGAUUUGAAAUGGUUCCUCUAGCCACGGUGACUGUUCAUUCAGACCAAGACUAAAAGUAUCAGUCAAACAGCAACUAAUAUUAGUUUUGUGAAGAGGAUUCAUCUUUUGUAAAAGCACUUUGUUGACUUGGGAAUUUUACUUUAGAAUAUUUUGCUUUAAGCUGCUUCUGUAGUUUUUUUUUAUAUAUAUAUUUCUGUUUUUUGAUUUAUGUUUUUCUAAAUAUGGUAAUGUAUGAAGCUUAUGUUUGUGUACUGUGAAACCAUAGAAUAUUUCUUUUUUCUUAACCUUAAAUCAUGGGGUAUAGUUAGUAGAUUGCUAGUUUAAUAUAUAAAAUAUACUAAAUAAUAGCUAUUAAUAGUAUUGUUGAAUUACUUAGGAUUUUUACAUUUUUCCAAUCAAGAAGUGCAAACUUUUUAAUGCGUUUAUGCAUAGCCAGCAGUUACGAUAUCAAUAAGGCACAUAACACAUGCUGAAGCAUUUAGCAAGUCAAUUGCCAUGUUUUUGUGGUUGAUUAAUUGUUAGUUAGUUCUCUGAGCAGCCAGUACCGCAGUGCUGAGCUACGCUGUGACUGUGUCACUUUGGGGAGGCCCAGUGCUUCGAUAUCAGCCACACGUUCCCAAGUGCCUUGCCUCAGGAAAUAGGAAAAUAUUACGCAUCUGAAAGAAAUUUAAGAUUGUAGUAAAAAUGGUUGCACAUAGUCUAAAGCUUGUGCAACUCUGCAGAAUAUUUGUAGUCAUACUUUCUUUGCAAAUUAUAUUUAUUUAAUAGUUUAUACCAGCUCAGUUCAUCAUUUGAGUAUUCUGACAGAUGUCGGCUGUGCGACGGUGACAUUAACGCCUGUGCCUUGACGACAGACGUCAGACGUAAACUGUCCCCAUUGCAUAUCUCCAUGGGUAAUGGUGCUUUUUAAUGGUGAGUUUCUUUGGUGCAGCUUCAGUAUCCUUGCAUUUUAAUUUUCCAACUUUGUAGGAGGCAGAUCAGGAAACAAAUUAAUGUACAUGUUUAAAAACACUUUUGUGUUAUUUUAAUGUUAAGAGAAACAACGUAAGUCUGUAAUGCCUUUUGGAUGAAAUUGAUAGCAUCCAAUCUGUAAAUUGUGUUGUCAGAUAUGACAAAGUGUAACGUGUUUAGGUUAAAAUAAUCGAAAUGACCUACUACUGUGUUAAUGUAUUUGUGUUCAUGUUUUUCUUUUGGUUAACUUUUGAAUCUUGGUCCUUUAAUAUUUACAGCAAUGACUGAUUUCAGUAAAUUUAUAUAUAUAUAUAUAUAUAUAUAUAUAUAUAUAUAUAGUUUGAAUAAUUGAGUUACACAUGUUUGAGGUAGAGCAAAAUUUAGUCAGAGAUUACAAGAUUACGUCACACGUGGUAUUGAUAAUUGAGGGAAGACUGAAUUUUAUUAAUCUCUUAAUUUUUCCAUAAACCAUACCGACAGAAAAGAGCCCAAGUACGGCGUAAUCGGCUGGCAUAAUGGAAAAUACAUGAUUGGCUGAUUUUCUAAGCUCCGCCCUUCUCCACGAUUUAUUUGGAUACUUUUUAAAAUCCACAAUGUUUUUAUUCAGAUUCUCAUAUAGGUUUAAACUCAUGGAUACGCAGAAAAAAAGCACACGGCUCUCGUUGUAGGCACCUCAGUAGUAGUUUACUUUUGUACUGCCAGUCACAUUGUCAUACUAACAGUGGUGUAAGUACACCAUAAAAUCGUACCCUUCAUAUCGCAUAUAUAGACUGAUCUAACAGUAGAUUUAAUUUAAACCCAGCUUUAAAAUUAUUAAAGGAAAGCAAACUUUCCAGGGAGAAAGGCAAGAACAUAAAUCAGUGUUGACAUCAAAGUUGCAUUUUAAUAUCUAGUAACAAUGAAAAUAUACACAGUUUCUUUAAUCUGAAAUAACUUGUGGCCAGCCAAUAUUAUCAGGUGUGUAAUCUUUUCAUUUGGUAUCCUUAUCAUUCUGGUUAUUUCAUUAUUAUAUAACGUAAUAGUAACAUUUUUCCAGAUCACUUUAAUAAAAACCUAAUGAAUAAUGUGGAUUGAAAUGAACCAAAGUAUUGUAACUUAAAUUUCCUCUUAGUAAUCCUUUAAAAGUAUAUAUAAAAUAUUUAAAAUUUGCUUUCAGUAUGACACAUUAUGUCGUGUUUGAUUUGGAUGAAGGAGAAAAGCCUAGACCAACUGCUUUUGCUGACAAUAUUAAUGGACUUGUGAGCCCAUUUUGUAGGCGUGCCAAAGACCUUUCCGUUUUAUGACAUUAGUGGUACAUAAUUACACUUUUUAACAUUCUGAGAACUGGUUGGAAAACUUACUAUAAGAACAAUGACCAAAUUCAGCACCUUGUUUAAUAAUGUGCAUUUGUAAAUGCCAUAACAGUUGCAACCUUUUUUCUUGUUAAACAUAAGAUUGUUGUUUGUGCAUUAGCGCUGAAUGCACAGACUUAAAGCAUUAUGUUUGGCCUGAUAACCGGAGAUGGAGAGAAUGUCAAUAUGAAUUUGUUUUAUUAAGUGGCCAUGUGGACUAGUAUUUAAUAUCCAUUUGUAUUUCUUUCUUAAUUGCUGAACUCAUUUAAUGGCUUAGUUCUAAAUAUUACUCUUUCUUCACUACUAUUAUGCAGUCAGGAAUUUGAAGCGUAAAAUUGGUUUGUAAGGUGCUUUAGUUCACUUGACUGGUAUCUGUUAGGUAUGUGUUCUUAAACACUGUAUAAAAUUUAGGUUAAUUUGUUGUUGAAUUGUCUGGAAAAUGUUGCAUGCAUUAAUGAUGUAGUGUUUCCCUUGUGAGAGGUCAGCGAUAGAUUGCAUCCUGUAAUGCAUAUCCAUGCACUUUACAUGGAUGCGCGUUGACAAACUCUGAUGUCACUGCAAAUUCUGUUUAUUUUUGUCUAAACCACCUGCUGGAAAAUGCAGUUACACAUAAUGGUUUUUUCAUUUCUUUAAGAAAUACUACUUAACCCCACACAUUAGAGGUCAACCGAUAUGGGUUUUUCAAUAGCCGAUGGCCAAUAUACGCUGCCGUUUUUCUUUGGCCGAUAAUUGGACAUUUUCCCCUCUAUUUGCAUGGUAAAAUAUCACACUAAUAAUAACAAACGAUACACAAAAUUUCUCAACUUAGCAUUUACUGAAUACUGACUUGAAUAAAUUUAAAUAUAAACUUAAAUAACAAAAACACAAUACAACUUGUACACAAUAACUUAAACUUGACUUGGUGAAAUGCUGCCAUACAGGAUUAGAUUUUUGUUCAGCCAUCAGACAGCAAUUAUUAAAACAGAAGAAAAAAUGCAAGGUUGGGAUCUUUAUUAUAGUGCCUUCAUCUUCAAUUUAUUCUACAAUUACAGUAUUCCAUGCACAUUAAAACAAUUACACUCUAAUACAUUUUGAAAAGGAAAAAAAAACACUAGUAACUAAGUGCAUCAUGGUAUGAUGAGUAGUGCACAAGGCCCAAAACCUUUCACUGACAUGUUGUUUAUGUUGUUAGCAGACAGGUAGCUUACAAGCCAAAUUCACAAUCAGAAUCUAGCGAUCACAGAAAAUAAAAUAACUUUGUUGUAUUACACAGCCUUGUAUGCAAGGACAACGUAAGCCCCUAGUAAUUUUGACGUUGUCGACGUAUAAGCCCGUAUAAAGCAUAGACAUGUUUAAUGAGGAAGCUAACUGCCCAAAGUCGUGCACUUUUGAUCUAGACGUCUGAGAAAUUGUUCGAAUCUCCGCUCUCAAAUGCAAACAAGUUGCACAGAAGGACCAUUGUCAGCAUCAGCUCAGGUGAAUGGUAACCACGCUUGCGAACAGUUUUCUCCGCCAUGCAUUGUUCUUAGCAGCUCUAUGUCGCCGAGGACAGUGCUGUCUGUGAUCGGGGCAGAGUAACACAACUCACACACACUGCAGUGUUUGAGAGAGUUGCCUGCUCCACCCCACACACAGAGUGAAACUCUCCGACACAAGAAAAAAAAAACAGGACUGAUGAUAUCGGGCUUAAAAUGUUUACAAUUAAAAUGAUUUUUAAUGAUUAAAAAACCUCUGUGAGACCACCAACAAGCACACAAAACUCUGUCAGAAUCAAUGAUCCUUAAUGUUGCCUGUAAGCUACAGUUGGUUGAAGGCUCAUUAUCAUUACGCCAGUUCCCGACAGCGUAAUUCGCAUUCUCUUUCAAGAGCACUCACGUUUUCCUUUAAUGCAAACUAGUUACAUAAAUAGGUCUUUGAAAGAUCAGAAUUUAAGCAUUACCGUUUUCUCCCAGUACUCUUCCAAAACUUCUGGCUGAGGUCCUGCACAAGGCAGCAUGGGUCACAUUUUUCCCAGCAACAAUCACUCGGCUGCCCACAGACUGUCUGUAAAUCGGCAUACUACACUCGGAUAUCGGCCGAUGCUGAUACAUUAAAAAAUGCCAAAUAUCGGCCCGAUAUAUCGGUCAACCUCUACCACACAUUAUGGCCACACUGCCACUUUUAUCUGCUUGAAAAACACACCUUGUACCCCUUUUGCUGUGUGAAACCAUAGAGCCUCAUGGCUCAAGGAAACAAAUCCGUGGUCAUUAAAAUGAAUCGAUUUUUAGGGAUGCACACAAUAUUCGAAUCAUCGUCGCUUCAUUUGAAAAGUGACAGCUUUGCAGCCCAUGUACACUGGUGGUACUUUCUCUUGCUUCGAAUUGACUAACAUUAAGUACUGUGAUUGUUUGUUGGAUACGUUCAUAUGUAAUUCAUCUCUCCCAGAAACGGCUUUCAGUAAGACAGACCAGGCUCCUGAUGCUGAGGGUGAGCUUCUGUAGGGACCCUAGGGCGUCCUUCUAUGUUACAUGAAUCAUGAGAGAGAUGUUUCAUACUGUACUUUACAUUCAGAUGUUUUGUAAUAGUAUUAUGAUUGUUGAAUCAGAUUUGUAUGCAGUCUUAUACAUGAAAAAAAUAUGAAGCUGGUUGAAUUUUGUAGAAUUUCCCCAAAAUUUGCAGUAUUACCAAACACUUUUAUAAAAGCAAGAACAUAGAUCUGUUCCCAACAAAACUUAUCCUAAGGCAUUCUUACGUAAACCCUGAUAUUGAAUGUAUCGUUCCAAAAUUUGCAUAGGCUGUUGGGUUUAGUUAGGAAGCAGUUCUGCUGUUAACAUGUAGCACUUAAUAUUGUGAAUGGGUAUAUUAUAUGAAUAAAUUUGACAAAAAUGCAGUUUUCAGGUUUGUAUCUAUUAGUCUAAUGCUAAAUUGAGAGGAACAAAAAGGAUUUUCUCAGGGUUUUACGGUAAUAACUGUAGAAAAAAAGUGAGCUGUUCCAUUCAUACAGACUUCAAGCUGCAUUUCAUAGAUUUAUUGGCUUAGAAUUCAAAUAAACAUUCUUUAUAAUACAUGUCCCAUAUUUUGGUAAAUAAGUAUUGCUAUAUGGAAUAACUCUUAUUCUGUUGAGUGUUUAAAUAUUCCUAUAAAUAUUAUUGUGAGUAUAUUAAUUUGUAACGUGUUGUUAACAGUAAGACCUUAAAUACAUAUGGAAAAAUACCUGUGUUUAAUUUAUGGAAGCAUUCACAUGGAAUAGCAGAGUGACUAGAACAGGCUGAUGAUUCAGGCUUUUUAUUGCUCUUUUGAAAAUAGGUAUUUAUAAUGCAUAAUCAUGUACUUGUAGUGUAAUGUUUAAAAUUGUUAACUCGUUCAAAUUUUUACACUAUAGCAUUUAUGCAAUGGUUUACAGAAUUCUUGGAAUUAUUUUUAUUAUCAUUAUGGGAAUUAAAAUAAUUUUUGAUCAUG